UGGUAAGGAAGUUCAAACGGACUCGCGGCCAAACUGUUUUAGAAGAGAGCAUGGAAGUGCGCCGUGCCUGCUUUUCCUGUAACAUUGCGCAGAACUACAGCAUCUGAGCAUAAACAUCGCGCAUUGAUGGUGAAUUCAUACAACAAACCAAGAUAAGUCAAUGCACUCAACCAAUGAAGAAUUUUUCAACGCGAACGCGUGACGACCUCCGCGGCUACAAAUAAGUAAACUACUAAAUCCCUUUGUCGGCAGCUUAAGCUUAUUCCAAAAAGAAAAUGGACCCGGCGCUGGGGGAUUUUCUCAAUGCCUCAGGCUCGAGCGAGGAGGAGACGGCGUAUGUGGGCAGCAACAAGCCAAAGUUAUCCACUGCAAAUAUGUCUCGGUCAGGAAGAAUGUUGCAGAUUGUAUUUGUCAUGCAAUGCUGCCAAGCCCCGCAAGGGCAAAGUUCAAGUUUGGGAUCUAAGGGUCAGCAUCACAAGUUCCGUAGAACCACAGAGGUGGUAAUAAGUAAUUCCUGCUGUUCUGUGUGGUCACAAAGCCUCUAUAUCAGCAUGGCCGGAAAUAAUGAGCGUCUUUUGCAAGAGACUUCUGCGACCUGAUUACCGGCGACACGACGCACCACAAGUUCGCUCCCUUCCUGACAUGCGGGGAUUGUAUUUGCACUGGAUAGAAGUCCGCGUCCAACGACCCCUAUGCGUCCAUCAGUCUCUCCACGUCGUCUAUGCAAGAAAAAAACUGUGUAUAGUUUAAGUUUGUGAUGCAGAAAAUGCAAAGCCGUUUUUUAUAGAUACUUGUCAUGCUGGAACAAGUGGUGCGUCAUAGCCACGCUUCCUACGCAUUUUCACGUCCUAGCUGCGCAUGACAGGCUUUUUCUCGAAGAAAUUGCGCAAGAAAACGAGUUUGUGAAGAUGCUUGUUACUCAUCUUCCUACACAGUCACAGUAUACAAAGUUUUUUUUUUGGGAUAUCGUCGUUGCGGCGUUCGGGCGGCGGUCUCAAGGCCAGAUCACCGGGGACGCGUUCCAAGAUGCAGGGAAGAAGUACUUUUACUUAACCUUACGCACAAAAUCGAGGUUUUGAUGUGUUUUAUGCGUAUGCCUCUGCAGCUAUUUCCCAGAAAAGGAAACGGAAACAAUGCUGCACACCAAAUAUGUAAUGAUUUGUCGGAAUGAUUCAACACCAUUGAUUUACUGUACGACCCCAAGGUUUUUGAUUAUUAUUUCAUUUCUCACGAAAAAAACAGGAACCAGUGGCGGGAAGCGCGUGAAGGGGCGGUUGGGGUCCAAGUCCGGCGUAUGAACUGCAAAAAUGUCUGGGUCUGGAAGAAUGCAUGUUUGUCAUGCUUGUCUGGCAUGACUCUUAGACCUGUCAUGCACAUUACCCAAGAGCCCAACUUUGCUGUCAUGCAGAAAUGUUGGAGUUUGUCAUGCAGAAUAGGCAACACCUAGAAGCUCAAAAGCUUGUCAUGCUGAGCCAGCACUUGUGGCUUCUUUAUGGUACGACACCCAGCAUCACAAGUUUCCAGACCCAGACGUUUUUACAGUCCAUACGGCGAUGGGUCCCCGCUGGCGAACCUAACCCACAAGUUGCUCAAGCCGGCGAAGGCCGAAGACACGGCUAGCAGCGGGGACGAGGAGACCGAGGACGUGCCGGGUGCCGGCUCAGCAAAAGCCGCGAAGAAGGAGGACCAGUCCGAGGUUGCGGCUUCGGCAGCAAGCAACUCCAUGUUCGCGGCCUACCAGCUAUCGAGGAAAAAAACGUUGUUACUGUAAAUUUGUGAUGCGCAACAUGCAAGAUGAUUGCGUCUGUCAUUCUUGGUAUGCAUCGCAAGGUCCAUUAAAGGACUUUUUCACGUUCUAUCUGCGCAUGUCAGGUUUUUGCUGCCAUGCCAGACAAAUUUGCAAUGCUGUUUCUCCAAAAAAGUUACACCUACAAUGUUUUUUUCUUGGAUACCAGCAGGACCUGCUGAAGUCGCUGGCUGACAGCAAAGCGGAGAUCGAGCGGGUGCGCAAGGAGGAGGAGGAGCGCGCACAGGAGGCCGAGCGCAGGAAGCAGGAGGAGGAGGCGAAGCGAAAAGCGGAGGAGGAACGACAGGCGGCGGAGCGGGAAAGGAAGAAGCUCGAAGAGGAAGCCGCCCGGGCGCGGCGCGAGAAGCAGCAACUAGAGCAAGAGGCCGAGGUACCGCAAGAAAAAAGCGCUACAGUUACACUUUGUGUUGCAGGAGCCGAAGGGCAGACAACCUUUGUCAUGCAGGAAAUGCUUGCGACCUUCGUUUCCUACGUAUUUUCCCUCAUGAUCUUUGCAUAUACAAGAUUUGUCUGCCACACAGAGGAAAUUUGUGAUGCAGAAACUGCAACAACUGGAACUGUGUAACUGUAACACUUUUUUCUGGUGAUACGAGGCGCGCCGGCAGCGCGAAAAAGAAGAGGAGGACCGAAAGUUCUGGGAGUCCGCAGCGCAGCUCCGGGAAAGUAUACCGGAGGUGGUGUUCGGGAAAGCCACGGUCGAUGAGAAAGAAGAAGCGGUACAGCCAGAACAGCCUGCUGCCACUCUCUCGGGGGGACGAGAGGGAAGUCAAGCGAGCAAAGCGGAGGUGGGCCUCCCCGCGAGCGGAAAUAGGGAGAACGCAGUCGAGGACGGGACAGACAAUACACGACCUGUUUCGAGGACACUGGAAGCUUCAUCCACGAACCCUGCGCCCGGAAAAAUGAACGAAGAUGCGGGUGGUGCAGCGGAUGCUCCUGCAGCUAGUAUUGCCGCCCUUGCUGCGGCAAGUCAGCAGGCGCAACAGCAAGCGUCGGUGAACUAUUCGGAGGAAGAGUUCGUUCCGGAAGAGGAGUCGCAAGAGGAAAGCGAGCUGUUGCGCCGUUUGCAGGAGGCGGAAGAGCGGGAGCAGCGGCUGCUGGAGCAGGAGGAGCGGGAACGGGAGGAAGCCGCCGCGCGCAGGAUAUCAAGUGCAAAAAUGUCUGGGUCUGCUGGAAGAAUGCAAGUUUGUCAUGCUUGUCUGGGAUGACCGAAAAGUUUUUAAUGCGUGUCCAAGAAGAGACCCGUUUCUCUGUCAUGCAAAGACGCAGUUUGUCAUGCGAAAUACGCAACACAACGAAGCGCAUGCUUGGCUGGGCAUCACGAUUACAGAGCAUUCACUAUUCCCAACGCAGCAUUACAAGUUUCCAGACCCAGACAUAUUUGCAGUUGAUACAGGAACCAGUACCACGAAACUUUGGACUCCAUGUUCGCGCACUCGCCUCCGCCAGCGGAGGACAAGAACUCUCCGGACAAAAUGACGGACGGACCGGCGAGCAGCGGCAAGAAGGUGGAAGAAAAAGCUGGAGAUUAUUAUACUGCGGAAACUUCUACAAUAGGUGCUGAUAAGGACAAAGUAGAUGGAGAAGUACCUUCUGCAACUACAGGGAAUAACAUUUUGAAACCCGGUGCUGGUUCAUCAUCAUCAUCAUCAUCAGCUGCCCCAAGUAGAACAAGAACAUCGGCUGAGCAAAGAGCCGCCGGCCCAGCUGCAAGCGGAGUGGAGGAAAUAAAUGGUACAACUGCUCCUGCUGGAACUACUACUACUUCUUUUCAGGAACGAUCUUCGGGAGUGCUGCAACAGGCUGCGAUAUCACAGGAAAAAAGUGUUACAGUCACACAUUUGUUGGAGUUUCUGCAGCACAAAGUUGCUCGACAUGGCAUAGAAAACCUGUGAUGCGCAGACUAUAAGCGGAAACAGGAACAAAAUGAGGCUGGCACGCAUACCCUGCAUGACAGAGGUUGUCUGUCUUGCUUGUCUUCCAUCAGAGUGUGUAACUGUAAGACUUUUUUCUUCGGAUAUGCGAGCAGCAAACCAGGCUUCGGACUCGACCCCGGGACGUCGACCACCGCGGCAGCACCACCGUCGGUAGAAGACUAUGCAUUGCAAAUAUGUCUGGGUCUGGAAACUUGUGAUGCUGAGAGGCGUAGCGUGAGGAGGCCACAAGUGCUGGCCUAGCAUGACAAAUUUCUGAGCUUCUAGGUGUUGCCUAUCCUGCAUGACAAACAGCGUUUCGGCAUGACAGAAAAAUGGGGCUCUUGGGUAACGUGCAUGACAGGUCUAAGAGUCAUGCCACACAAGCAUGACAAACAUGCAUUCUUCCAGACCCAGACAUUUUUGCAUUUGAUAAAGACCUGUUCGGCGCCAAAGUAGGAGUAGUCCCACCUCCUUCAUCGUCGACGGCCAGCGGAGGUGCGGCGGGCCAGGUGCGAGACGGCGCUCCGAGUGGUGGUCGGCUGUUCGAGGCGGAACAAAGCCUGGACUCCUCCUCUCGUCUGCGGUCCCUGGAGCUGCAGGAGGCCGCCCUCGAGCAGCGCAUCAAGGAGCGCGCCGCGGUGCUCGCGGAAAUGGAAUUCCAGGACCAGUUCGCGCCCCGAAUGUCCUUGCCGGAUAGCAACGCCGGGUUUGUGAACGCGAGCCUGACGUCCUCUCAGGUUGUCCGGGCCGCGUCCUCCAGCAGCCGCGGGCCCCCCUCAUCCACCACUUCGACCGCGCGCACGACCGGUAAGGCGAAGACCGCCGGGGGGGCUCAGAUGAAUGGUGCGACGAGCAACAGCCGCCCGACGAGUACCACCACGCGCCACCGCUACGCGCCGCCGCCGGACAGCCAGAGUCAAAGCGUCCGUUCGUCCGCCCAGCAAACGAAUUUCGUGCCCGGAAGCAGAGUGUUGCAGAGCAUGGACAUCAUCUUUCCGUCAAUAUCCUUCGUGAAAAUAACUAAACGUGGCCUGCGACGCCGCAUAAGUACUAGAAGUACAACGGAAUUUGGCAUGCUUGCUAGAAACACCAACCGGGAUUGAUGGGCAUGCUAGUGAACUCUACCAAUCUGAUUGCGAUGUUGCACCUUCACUUGUUAAACCAGAUUAGCACACAGCGGGGCCAAGCUUGUCAUACGCAACCCGGAAAGCUUGUUGGUUUGUGUAAACCUAAAUGUAAAGCAAAAUUUCCGUCGUGAAGCCUCCGCGCUACCGCGGGCCCCGUUUUUCCUCAGGAUCAUCCACCGACAGAUUUUUACGGGACUCCACCUCCACCACCCGCACGCAGCCGGGGUACUUAUGUGUAGCUAGCCGCAUGCCGUAGGACCUACUUCGGAAAAUGAUAGUGAUUCAUAGUUUUUUCAAUUUUGCAUGAAAAUGAUUCGGGAAAAACCUCCUCAUCACAUCUGCACUAAAUACAGUCGCGGCCCUCAGACGGCGGAGCAGCAGCAGGAGCUGAACACCGCGUUCCAGCAGCUUUCCGAACUGCACCGCAAGGUGACCCAGCUGGAGGAGCUGAUUUCGCAGCUUCGGGCCGGCAAGGCCAAGAUGGAGGCCGAGGUGGCGGCGCUGGACGCCCGAAACGUGAAACUCCGGAUGAAAUUGCAGGGCCGGGAGGACUAUGAACAGCAAAGGUACCGUACUAGUAGAAAUCGCAUGACAAAUUCACUCAGAAUGAGAAAUAAAAUUUGUAGUGCGGAUUGAACUUGACAGAAAAAUUUGUAUUGCAUAAACGCGAUUUUUAGUAAAGUACGAGUACGAUGCUUUUGCAGUGCAUAAGGCCGAGUUCGACGAGCAGGUGCGCAACAACCGGGCGAACCUCGAAGAGGUGGAGCGGAAGCACCAACAGGAGCUGCAGUUCCAGCGCGAGGAGCUGCGGAACCUGCGCAAGGAGCUGGACUCCGAGCGCGCGGACAAGGUGAAACAGAACGUAUGAAAGUGCACAACUCCCCUACUUCCCCCUCAUUUGUCCUAUCACAUCAUGAGCAGCAACACAAGCGCGGGCAGAUAAGUGGCUUUCACAUGACAUCAAAUCUGCACGCGGAUGAUUGUAGCUGUGUUUGAGGUUCCACAAUUUGGCAUGCAGGAGACAGUGCCUUUAGGAAGGAUGUGGAUUUGGCAUUUUGCCUUUACAAAUGAACGGCAGGUGGGGGAUUUGUGCACUCUCAUAGAGCGAGCUCUGGGAACAGAAGCGCGAGCUUCGCGACGAAGUGCACGAGGAGUGGGAGAGCCGCAUGAAAAAAGUAGAGCAGAAAUUUCUGGACUCGGAGCAGAUGCGGAAACGACUCAACGUAUUGUGAGGAGAAAUCCCCCCUCCCCAUAUGGAAAACGAAAUUUGUGUUGCUGUAUUCGAGGACACAAAUCGGCUUUAUUGCUACAAGGCUAGGAAACGCAGUUCUUCCCUCGUGUGGAGGAAAUUUGUGAUGCUAUUUCCCGUUUCCAGUUGCUCCCUGUCAUGCUGAGGACGCACGGCGUUGUUCCUGCGCCAGCCAGCACUACAAUCCGCAUCCCUUCCCUCCUAGCAUUAUAACGGGAUUUGUGACCACCACUUAGCAUCACAAAUUUCCAUUUCGAUAUGGGGAUGGAGGAUUUUUCAUUUUCAUACAACGAGCAGAACGAGCGACUGCACGACGAGACCAUGCGGAUGGAGGAAGAGGUAGAGAAAGUGGAAUUGUAAUUAGUUCCGCUUUUUUGAUGCAUAAACUCCAAAAACAAAAAGAUCUUCACCCAUGAUCAUGAUCAAAAACUACAAUGCAUAAAACUCAAAAUCAAAAUCGACCACCAACGUGUCGACUUUCCAUCCUGCUUUCUACAGAUCGCGCAGUUGCGGCGGCAGGUCAAGGACGCGAAUGCGGCUUCCACGGGCAAGAAAGUCGCGGCGCUCGACCAAGAGAGAAAAGCUUUCUUCGCCAAGGACCGCGUAGACGAGGAUCUUCACGCCGCAAUGUUGCCAACAAGCCAGCAGUCCGCCGCACUGAAUCUUAAAGGACCAGCACCGGGCGCUGCUUCAAGCGCCGACGCGGCUGGGCUAGGGGAAGGGGACGAGGAACAACCCGACUCGACAUCCCAACCAGCUUCCGGUCGUCCGGGUGCGCAGCAGCAGGAAAUCGGCGGGCCGGGGCUGCGGUUAAAUCCGGACGAGAGCAUGGUGGAAACCUUGAUGAGGGGGUACGAAAAGGAGAACGAAAAGCUGGUGGUCGAGAACCGGGAGCUGCGCAAAAUCACGAAGAACCGGGACACACAGCUGCAGCAGAUCCGCGAGGCCCACGACAAGGAGAUGCAGACGCUGCAGACCUCGCUGGGGGCCACCCGGGCGGAAAACGAACAGCUGCGGAGCGAGCGAGACUUGCUGGAGCAAGAACAGAAGUUGCGGGAUCGGGAGUUGGCUGCGGCAGCUGCGUCGGGCGCUAGUGCAGGCGCGGGAGAGCAGAUAGACGGGAAAGGAACAUCAUCGCCUUCUCCGAAGCAAGCGACCGGCGCACAAAAGCUGCUUUCCUCCCCCGCAGACCUCGCCGGGGCGCAGGAGUCGCCAUUAGACAAUUCCUCCGCGGCGGACAAGAGCCGGCACAAAAACAAAGGCUUUCAACAAAGAGCCGACGAGACGAAUGAUGCCUCCACCGCGACGCUGUUCCAACAGAUGCAGCAGGAGGUAAACCGGCGGACCGCGCAGCUAGAGCGGGAAGUCCAGCACUUGACCACCCAGCUGGUGCAGGCGCAGCAGCAGGCGGCGGUGGCGGUGCAAGAGAAGAACCGGUUCCUGCGCAAGUCGCUGGACGAACACCCGUUCCAGGGGGAGAGUCUCGGCGUCACGCUGUACAACUCCACCGCGGGCGGGGCGGGUGGAACUUCUACGACAUCGGCCGAAAAGGCGCUGAAAAUGAACGAGCUGCUCGAGCAGGUGAAGGAGUGGAAGGAGAAGGCAGAGUCUUUCUCUGCGGAACUCCAAAACGCGCGCGAGGCCAAGAAGAUGCUAGAGGGCGAGCUGGUCAAAAAACCGGCGCUGUCCGAGAAGGAAAUGGGCGAGCAGAAAAAAUUGUGGGAGGAAGCGACCGAGAAGAAGUGGCAAAUCGAAAAGGACGAGAUGCAGGCCAAGCUGCAGUGGUACAUCGAGAGCCAGCUGAAGAUGGACGAGGACCGGGCGAAGGCAAAGGCGCUGGAGGAGGAGAACCGGAGCCUGAAAAAGGACUCGCGGCAGCUCCGUCAGCGCCUGUUGACCGGGCGGAAGGCCGAUGUACGCGAGAAGGAGCUUUUGAAACAAAUCGAAGAAUUGCAGGCCUUGGUGAAGAAGAAGCUGCCGCAGGACACCAGCAUCCUGCACCUGCUCGCCGCCGUGGACACGGAAAAGGAAAAAGAGAACCGGAAGACUAUCCUAUGUAAAAACGUCCCCAGCACCCCAUAGUCAAGAUGGAGAAUCGGCUAGACGAAUCCACAAGCUUUACCUGUUUUGCAUGACAAAUUUGCACUCGCAGCGUAGUGCUCUUUGAGCUAGCGCAGCAGAAUCACAGAUCUAGUAUAUCAUGCUGUUUGAAGCAUGACAAAUUCCACAUCAUUACUAGAAAGCGCUCUCAUAGGGCUCCGCAUGAGAAACAUUUUCAGCAUGCAGAUUUGCAUAUACAACCAUGGGUUGGGGGCAUUUUUCAAUACGAUACAGACCCAGUCGGAGCGGGAACAGGGGCUGGAGGAGGAGAACGUGAGUUUGAAGCAGCAGCUAGAAGACAAGGAGGUGGAUUUUGACCGGAGGUUGCGCGCGCUCCGGGCGCAGUACGACAAGCUCCAGUACGAAAUGGAGUCCGCCAAGUACCGCGAACGCAUGACCGGCGGGGCGGCGGGAGGAUCAAGCUCCUCAGGAAGUAGUACCAGUGCGGCCGGGAGGAUGAACAUCAAAAGCGGGACCACUUCUGGUGCGUCGGGGCACACAGGUACUAACAGCAACGACCCCCACCAAGACGUCGCGCACGCGGAGCAGGUGUGGAAGGCUCGCAUUAAGGACUUGGAGAAGCAGCUGGAGCACCAGAAAAGCUACUACCUCGGCAAGCUGCGCAGCAAGGACCCCCUGGUCCCGCAGUCCGCUCCGUUGCGGGCAAACGCGGCGCAUUCUGGCGCGCCCGGGGCGAAGCGCGUGCUGGACCUGGAAGAAGCGCUGGCGCAGGCGGAGAGGCGGUUGCAGGAGGCGGAAGUGCGAAAUCGGGACCUGGUUCUGCGGUUGAACAACGACGAUAGCUACACAGCGACGCCAAGUAGGAAGAACAACAAACGUGGGUACAACUAUGGUAACAACGCUAUUUCGCCCUCUGCAAUAAACAUGGAAGUGGAGCAGGCUGAGGACGGUACUUCUGGAAUGUUCUACGACAGGAGCUCCGCGACCGGAAGUAGAGAGCCCGCUCCACCACGACGAAGUGAAGGACAGGAGCAGUACACGAGUGCGCGAGGAAGCAGCUAUCCGCCGAAAAAGGUUGUGUUCACGGAAUUGGAAGAUGGUUAUCGCGAAGAGUUACAAGGUGGUAUAACAAGAACUGCUGCGCAAUCCCAAUCGAUCAAAGCCCGGGAUUUUCUGCAGUUCACGCCGUCUCUGAUGCGGAAAUUUUUGGCCCAGCCGUUCGCGCUGUGCUUCGGAAUCCUCGAGAAGGCCGCGAGCGACUUAUUGGAGCAGAAGUCCUACCAGCCGCCCGGAACAACAGCCGCGAAUGUAGAAGAUGUUGCGGACCAGGAAAUGCGGCGAAAGGCUGAGCAGUCGCAGCGCGUGCAGGACAAAAACCACCUGUUGGCGUUUGUGGAUGCACUGCAGAUCCGCAGGAAGCAAGCCGCGGAUGCUGGGCCCUACCCCACGACGGAAUUUCUUCAGCGCGUGCGGUAUCAAAUGUAAAAAUGUCUGGGUCUGGAAGAGUCAUGCUGUUUUUGCAUGACGCAGAAGCUCUGGCAUGGAAGCUCUAGCACCACAGGUUUCGAGAAGCUUCCGCAAUGCCGAACCCGCAUGAGAAGUCCCCCAUUUUGGUGACAGAAAGUCGGCAGCUUUUGCUACCUAUGCAUGAGAGAUUUUUCUGUGUUCUACAAUGCGCAUCACAAGUUCGGAUCCUUCCAGACCCAGACAUUUUUGCAUUUCAUAUGCGGGUCGCGAUCGAGAAGAACGAUUUGCCGACUAUCAAAAGGAAAAAUCCCCUCUCCCCAUAUCGAAACGAAGUUUCUGAUGCUGGAUUUGCGUACACAAAUCAGAUUUGUCUUGCUGGAGAGGACUGCAGACCCAUAUCAGGCCUGAGCAGAGAGGCUUUGGCCUAGGCGCUUGGCAUGAAAAACGCCCGCGCGGUAGUCCCAGCAGCAUGACAAGCCGCCUGCAUAAUGCGGCGGAGCCUGUGGAGUUGCCUUCUGGCAAGCCAGACACGAUUCGUGGCCACAAAUCAGCAACACAAAUCUUCGAAUAAGACAUUCCUUGUCAAUAUGGGGAGGGGGGAUUUUUUCUCGCGAUGCCGACCAUCCGGUCGCUGCUGGACCAAGCGCUGUUGCAAAAGCUGUCCGUCGCAGAGAGCCUCUCGCCGGAGACCGAAGACACCUUUGGACGGCCACCAGCGAUUAUCAAAUGCAAAGAUGUCUCCUGGGUCUGGAAGGAUGCAACUUGUAAUGCUAUUUUUGGAUUCUAAACAAAUUGCAUGACAGGCAAUAGGAGUCCAGUUUUUGGCACGUGGAGAGGGCAUUUCUCAUGCAGGAUAGGCAUCAAGAAGCACUCAGAAAAUCUGUAAUGCUAGGGCAUACAUCACAGCCGUCAUGGGUCAUGUCAGGUGUGCAUGACAGAUCUUCCGAUGUUCGAGACCCAGUCAUUUUUGCACUUGAUAGAGAUCGGCGAGCAAACGCUGGCGUUCGCGCUGUUCGCGGAGCGGUGGCGGGAAAACCGCUUCGUCGCAGAGGACUUCCCGAUCUUGGAACAGGACCUUAAAGUGCACCACAGCCACCACGGCUUGAGCAUCCCCUGGUUUGAGUUUCUCAAGAGCGUGCAGCGGUGCGGGCCCUGGGGCCCGGAGCUGAAGCAGCUGCAGGAGGACGCGGCACUGCUGUGUGUGCCCGGUGGGAAGGUGUUUUGGCCGGAGUUGCGCACUCUCCUGUUGCAAGGGGCGACGCCGCAGCUAGGUACUUAUCAAUUUUAUUCGAGCUUUUUUGUUUUUGCAACUGACUUGUUGAGCUGCUCAUUUGUACAAGCGUGUAUUGUUCAUCUGCAACCUAAGUCUAACAACUAACCCAGGCUCCUUCGCCAGUGUAUUGCACCCGUUGCGGAAGCUCAAGGACAGCAACAAUAUGCAUGGCAAAUAUGUCUUGGUCUGGAAGAAUGCCGGGUUUGUGAUGCUCGUCUGGCAUAAGUAACUUUAAGCGUCAACUCAAACAACUCUGUGAUGCUUAGGCGCGAAAAGAUCCUCUUGCCUGUCAUGCAAGAAUGGAGCCUGCCAUGCGGAAUACGCAUGACGCAGGAGCUCUCUCAAAAACCUGCAAUGCUUGGUCACCUAUUUUUGCAGUGAGCUCAUUAUUCGCAGGCUUGCAUCACAAGGAAGUUGUUCUUUCCCGACCCAGAUAUAAGUAUUUGCAUGUGAUGAACAAGUGGCAGGAACUGCUGGACGCCUUUCGGUUGAAGGAUCCGAGCUGCUCCGGCACGGUGUCGCGGCAGGAUUUUUUGGAUAUUUUCCAAUCGAAGACCCUGAACGUCGCCCAGGAGGUCCUAACUCCGGUGGAGGUGGAAACCCUGACGCUGUUCUUCGGCCGGAGCAAGGGGCAGAAGGACGUCGAAUGGCUUUUGUUGCUGCAAGACUUGCUGCAGCAGGGGAGCUCGGGCGAACAGAUCUGGAGCAACUUCUUCAACUCCGUGCCUGGGGCGGGGGGACGAGGGACCACAGCUCCUGGUGACCACGGCGCGCCGAACAACAAAACCAGGCAAACUGGUUCUGAAAUGAUGAAUUAUGGUGCGCAACAAGAUGGCCAAACGACUUCAAGUACUGUCAUCGGCGGUCCUGCUACACAAGCUGACCUCGCGACCAAGACGGAGUUGACGCGAAUGACGCUGCAGAACGCGGAGCUGGUGCGGCAGAAGGACCGGCUGCAGCAGGACGUGAAAGAGCUGCAGGACAAGAACGACUCGUUAGCGCAGCUGGUGGUGUCCACGAAAGACCAACAGUCGAGUUCCGUACCGCAGCAGUUCCGGCAGCUGGCCAGCACGGUGGCCCUGUUGGAGAAGCAGCUGCUGCAGAAGACGCAGGCGAUGCAGCAAACCGCCAAGAAGAAGGAGAUCACCCUGGAAACCGAGUUGGAGAUCCAAAAACACGAAAUCUUCGAGUUGAAAAAACUCCUGGGGCAGAAGGAGAACCAACUGGCCGUGCAGCGCGAGGAGGUGGAUGCGAUUGUGCGCCAAAUGCGGGCCCUGAAACCCCCAACGAGUAUGUCGGCGUUCACGGGAUGAUAAAGGGCCGAGAGAACUACUCGUGGGAUGUUGUAAAGUAAGUACUAACGGCUCUUCUUUUUCUUCAUCAAAUUCAAAGAAGGCAGAAAAAAUUGGAAUAAAGAGAGACACGAUGGCUCGUCCUGUACUCACAUGAUUUAUGCUAAGAAUUAUACUUCGCACAUUACUUGACGUUCUUGCAGCUCGAGGUUUGUUUGGUUUAUUGAUUAUUUUGCAAUGCAAUUAAAGUUAUCAUCGUCGCUCUUGCUGCGGCUGGAAAUCGAUGUGGAUGCAUUGUUUUUUGCAACUAUUCGUGUUUAUUGAACAAGUGUGAUUUGGUCUUUUUUGUUCGAAGCAAAAUACUAGCUGUGUACUAGCGAACUUUCUUUUUUUGCGGAUGGUGACAGUGAUUUUUUUUCACUACGCGGUCCUUAAUUGCUCUGCCGGCGAAGUGAAAAAUCGAGCCACUCGUUGGUGUAUUUGUCUUGCUUUUUGCGCAGUAAUAUGCCAUUUGAAAAAAUAGAAAAAGAGUCGAUAUAACACUUAACGACGAACUAC